CAUAUAUGACGCGUUUUUACGCUUUUCAGACCAAGGUUUGUCUGGACCUUGGUCUGAAACGCAUCGAAACGCGUCAUAUGAACCUAGGUUUGUCGACAAACCUCGGGCCAAUAUGCCUCAUAUUAAUAAAAAUCUUUAUUCUGCUGCCCUGCUGCACAGAAACAAGUUCGCCUUCGUCCAAACUUGGCGUGUACUUGGUUAUAAAUACACUCUUCAAUGAUUAACUGCGACCGAUUCUAACGGAAUCUCAUAUCUAUUGUUGAGCUAGUGUAAAUAAACCAAUUGAAAUCGACGUUACGGGAUCGAUAGGUCGUUGCAUCCAUGUGCUGCAAUUGACAAAGCUCACUGUUAGCAGAGCUGCUCUUUGUCUGCGGUGAAGACAAUGCAAUCGUCUGGUACCUUGUCGAGAUGUUUUGAAACAGUCCAGAGAACUUGGCGGGACUACUCCUGAGGCAUCGCAUGCACUCAUCCCACUAAAACAUCAUCUGUCUUCCUCGCUACCUGUACUGCAUCUCUUUAAAGGCUGUACAGCCCUUCGGAGAUUACCAAAACAAGAAGACGAAGAAAAACUUGUGAACAGUAGCCACGAUAGUUGCGGUCCGGACUUCAAGGGUUGCCGCUGAUUUUGUUGUUUUGCCGUUGAUGACUCAUCUCAUUUGCCAUCAUGAACUGUCAGAACUGGCAGCAGCGCCAUGAUUUAGGCUGUCAUCGACCACGGUCGAUGUCGACACCGUACCCUCAUUUCUGUCCACCCAUUGACGAUCCAGCUGACUUUUCAUUUAAGAUACUCGUCAUAGGAGAUACGUGUGUCGGCAAGACUAGUUUCAUCAAUAUGUUCUGUGAACACGUUUUUAAAGAAAAUGGCACAGGAACGAUAGGAAUGGACCUAAAAAAGAACAUCAUCAAUGUUGAUGGAAAGAAAAUCAGGUUACUUGUAUGGGACACAGCAGGUCAAGAAAGAUUUCGAACUCUUACAACAGCGUACUAUCGAGGCGCCAUGGGCAUCAUCAUUCUCUAUGAUGUGACGAGAGAGACUUCAUUUGAUCAUGUGACUAGUUGGCUUGACGAUAUUGCCCGUAAUGUUUCUCCCGACAUAUGCAAAGUCCUGGUUGGAAACAAGAGCGACUUCACCAGAGCAAGAAGAGUGCCGAGCAAACGAGCAAUAACGUUAUCAGAAGCAUUUAACUUUCCUUACAUCGAGGCGAGUGCGAAGACCGGUGAAAAUGUUGAGAACGUCUUCGAGACUCUUACAAGACAGAUGCUUGAUAGGUACAACAAAAAGAUGAAUACAAACCGACCUCUUAUAGCACGCCCAACGACAACAGAGAAAAUUGAACUACUUGCCAAGAAAAAGAGCACAUUUUCUGUAUGCUCCUGCUGAAAGCAGAUAUGAGUUGUGUUUUGAAAGAAUUCAAAAACUUGCUGAUCUUCGCAGAUACAGGUCGAUUGAGCCUGUCUCUUGAAAGCUGGUAGAUUGAACAGUAUUAAAGACUUUUCGCUGAAUGAUCAAACUUCUUUGAAAGACAAAGAGGUGGAUGGAAACAGUUUGCGAACGUGACAAUGUUUUCUUUCUUUCGGAACCUGCAUGUACACGCGUGUGGUCCUUCUAUAAUAUUGUGAAAAUAACUAAGUGAAUUAACGCCAAGGGCCAGAUUCUCGAAUGUCUAACAUCAAAGAGGACUGCUGUAUGGCCGAGAUGUUAGUAUCUACACAUUCGAAUUACCAUCUUCAUUACUAGAAAUCAUCUAAGGACCAGCUAUAGUGAGCGAAAGAUAUCUGUAUCGUCAUCAGCAUGGCCUAGGUGCCACUUCAUAACCCAGUUCUCUUCACUCGCUGCAGCUCUAUGACGUCUUACACGACGUCACUCAAAGCUUUUUUUUCACUUUAUAACACUGGCGUACUUUUUGCUGUUAAACUCAGAAGACAAAGUUCUACUUAUAGCUCAAUAUUAUAUUUUAGAAUGUAAAUGAAGCAAAUGUGUUAUAAAAAAGAUGAGAUAAAUCUAGUUUCUUACGACGAGCAAUUACGUGACUAAAAGGCAAAUUAUUUUCUCCGUGAUAUUGAUACAACUCACUUAAGUGCCUUUGUUGCCUUCGUUUAAUUGCAAUAUUUAUUGGCAUCCUUCAAAAGGACCCAGUAAAGUUUUAAAUUAAGAAAGAAAUAUUUUUCCAAAUUCCAGUGUAUUUUAUUUCACUAUUACUAUCAAAUAGACAUCUUGUGGUAUCUUUUACGAGUUCAAGUUAAUAUCAAGAUAAUAAAAUGUUGGGUUUCCGGUAUUAAAAUGCAUGGAUGUUUAUUUUGUACAGUCACUAUCAGAUAAUUUCAUUUUGAAAUGAAACUGUCGUCAUCAAGGUUUUCACCCUCGAGUAUUAUUAUUUAAUAUUUCUUUUCUUUUUCUGUUUAUGUGCAUGUGCAAUAAAAUGUUUCAGUAGAAGGUAGUAGCAAGUAUGUAGCAUCGAUACGUUAAUACGUGAAUUGAU